UUUGUUGGAUCAGAUCUACGCGAGGCGGGAGUGGAUUGCGUGACGCUGGGCCAGUACAUGCAGCCCACGAAGAAGCACCUCAAGGUGUUCGAGUACGUGACCCCCGCCCGGUUCCAGCAGUGGGAGGCGCGCGGCCGCCAGCUCGGCUUCCUGUACGUGGCCAGCGGAGCCCUGGUGCGCUCGUCCUACAGGGCCGGAGAGUUCUUCAUCAGCGCCGUGCUGCGGGACAGGAAGGUCAACUCGCAAUGACGGGCAGAAGGCUGGCCUUGAUACUCUAAACUAAUUUUCAUUAGAGAUGUGGUUAGCGUAACUGCUAUACCCAUAGCUACUGCAGAGCGGUCCCCCAGCGUCGCGGC